AUGUUCUCCCUUGUCCGCAUUUAUCUGCUCAGGUCCCAUAACACGAAACGUGAAAUCUGCAAGUGGACAACAAUUCACCUGGAUGCUGUCAGCUACGCUCAGAUAAUUCAGCUUGUAGACGAUCAGACCUCGAACAGCAGUCUUUCAUUGACAGGCAGCAAAAUCGUACAAGGGAUAGUGUUUGGUUACGGACCGGAAGGUAAUUCUACCACUAACACUCACACCCCAUCCCAAGGUAUCCUCAAAAAUGUCUCAAACGCGAAUGGUACCAUCCUCGUCAAAAAUGCGGACGAAUUGAUCAAUUUCACCCGCGGCGAGGAACAACAACUCGAAAAGAUUUUCAAAGAAAUCACCUUUUCAGGCAUAGAAGUCAUCAUCACAGGCUCGUCCAUCGGCGACCUCGCUCUACACUCCCUCAAUGGCUUCGACACUGCCGGACUCAAACAAAGUCCUCUCCAAGUUCGACCUCCGCUGCGCAGUUCGAAUCGUCAACGUCACACCCUUCUCCGCAUCAGCGCACCCACCCCAGAGCAAGCAGCACUUUUGAGACAACAAAGAUCGGCGGAGACCGUGUCACCGUUCUCUGCCACUAAUCACUUAGUUGUCACUCACGAAUCGCGACAUCGUGCUCAUUGGCUGCUGUGGGCCAAGGCAAGCACUGCCAAAAGCCAGUAG